UAGGUCUUGGCUGGCACACCAAGGCUGCCCCGAAGUAACGCCCCCUAGUGUUGCUCCCCUUCUGAGUCUCGCGGUCACACGGACACACACGUAGGUCGUAAAACGAGUGCGUCGGGUGCUUUGUUUUGAAUCCAGACAGCUGCGUUGUGCAUGAACAGCAGCAGCAGUGCCACACGGUCUUUUGGCCGACUAUCGAGCACCGUCUGAUCCUACGAGAGGCAUACCUCUGAAGCGGUAUUUGCUCAGAAGCUUGCCUCAUCAUCGCCCGCUGUGUUCGUUGGUGUGCUGGACCCGGAUAUCACGCCUGCUCUGGACAUCGAGGGGAGGAAGGCAAGGAGGAGGACGAGAACGCCACGUGGGAUCAUAUUGCUGUUGUCGUGUUCGUGUACACCAACAGGGAGAGCAGCACAGCAAAACUGUAAUAGCAUCAGAGAGGACACCACGACAGAAGCCUUCCCAGGUGCUGUCCUCACCGGCUGUUGGUACCACUGGAGCAGCUCUGUGCUGGAGUACCGAAGGCCCUGGAGAGCGCACGGACAACCAAGACCUCCACGAUGCGUGAAGCCCUUCUUGCGGCGUUGGGGGGCAUCUCCCAAGACCAGCUUUUCAGAGCUUGCGGGACGGCGGGCGGACUGCUUCUCGCCGGAGCACAGUUGCCACAGAUUUACCAUGUCACGAAGCGAGGGAAGUCUCGGGACAUCAGCUAUAUGUACCAGUUCAUUUUCGCGGGCGGGAUGAUCUGCUUCCUCAUCUACUACGGCUACAACGGCCUCUGGGCGGUGUUCGUCCCGUCCUGCUUGUCCCUCGUCUGCAUGUGCUACCUCAUCGGCCUCAAGGCCUACCUGGAGGAGAUGAAGCCCAAGCGCACCGUCGCGACGCAGAUGAUCAACGACCUUCUGCGGGACGACGACGACGGCUUCGACGACCUCGACGGCUUGGAUCGCCCGCUGCUCGGCGGGGCAUCCGAGGAGAAGAAGGGGGACGACGAGUUCAUCGCCUACACGGCCCCGGGCAAAUAAGCUAUUUAGAAAAUCGUUGAUUCUUUGGCGGGGGAGGGUGCUCGCCGUUGCCAAUUUACCGUUGGCCACCCACCUCUCUUACGAAAGGGAGCACCGUUCGCCGUUCUUUUGGGGGGGAGGAAUGUGUAGAGGCGUUGUUGAUACGUGGCGAGGCGAGGAGGUGUGGGCGCGGCAGCACGUUGUUGGGGGGCGGCAACGGCAGUUUGCCCGGUAACGGCGGCCCCGAGAUGAUGUGUCCACCGCUAGACGGCGACAUUCACGGCAGCCAUGGAACGCCUGCCUGCUAGGCCUAGCGGGAGAAAAGUAGCCACCGGGGACACACGGUGAAAGGAAGGUUGACGGGAAGACGAGCAGUGCCAGCAGCGGGGCCUGGUGCCCCGGGGGACGGGCUGGGAAAUCACCAGUCCUACGUCGAGCCACCACGUGCUGUCCCCGGGAAAUAUGGCGAGAGGAACAACGCGUGGCAGCCUUUGGAAUAGGCAUGGCUCCGCGAAAUGGGUUGCCACGCGAUCGGGGAGGAGAGGGGCAAGGCGGCGGGCGACAUUGCACCCUCGGGGGUGUUUUAGCGCCUCACACACGGCUCACGGCUGCAGUCACCGCGCAGUACAGACGCUUGUUUUUUGUCGCUGCCCCGCGUAGUUUGCCUGCAGCGUGAACCCGACCUUCCUGCCACAAGGCUUUGCGUUGCGAAACGCACAGGAUGCAGACGCGGCUUCCACAACACGGUGUGCUAUAGACUAUGUGGUAGCGAUGAUGACAGCGAUAUCGCAAUUUCUCGAUAGUCCAGGAGCCAGCGUGUUGCUGUGGGCCCCGAGCAACGCCGACCGAGCAUUGCACGUUGAAUCGGUUGACUGACAAUGAUUUCCGUCACGUUUUGAAACCACGGAGCCCCCCCGCUGUAUGUAGCGUUUCAGGCAAAGUUUGUGUAUUUGGGUUGGGGUUAUUCGUGCAUUGGGUCCGGACCUCUCUUUCGGCCGGCAAGGACAAGGAGCGGAGGAGGUUGGUGGUGUCAUCUAUUUUGCUGUUGUUGUGGAAGCUGUUGCCUUUAGUGGACGACCAUAUAUGUUGCUUCUGUGCUUUUCCAUUUUUCUCUCCUUUGUGGCGUGUUCGAAAGACCAUGCGGAAUACGGUAGUCAAGGGGCAAGAGCAGUCGUGAGUCAUGCUGUAUGGCAUGCGCCACCUUUGCCGGUGCGCACCGACAGACUUUACGGCAAAGGCGCAUCUCGUGCGUGGUGGCAGCAGUGUCGUUUGUGUUGUUUGUGCCCGAUUGUUGAAUGGACUGAAAAAGUAAAUCGAAAGUGUUUGAAUAUGUCAGAAACUCGGCAGCAACAACCACAAACAAUAGAACAGCAGCGACGAUGCUGACGGGAUGAUUGCCUUGGAGGAUUCCCUGAGAACGCCGCCCCGGGAGCGGAACCGUCGCAAGUAGGCGCAAAAGGAACACACCGCCGAUAGCGCUCUCGAAGGAAUGGGGC